AUGUCAGACUUGACGCCUGAUGGCACUUCGCCUCGAACCUUUGCGCUCAACCACUUGAGACCAAAAUCAAGUUUCAAGGGAUGCUCCCGUAUUUCCGACUAUGAAUUGUUGGGCAAGCUGGGAGAAGGAACCUUUGGUGAGGUUCACCGCGCCCGCUUGCGCAAGACCGGCACACUUGUCGCCUUGAAAAAGAUCAUCAUGCAUCAUGAAAAGGAUGGCGUAUGUCGACGCACCACCCCACCCAAGGACUACACUGACGAUCACAAGUUUCCCAUUACUGCCCUUCGCGAGAUUAAGCUUCUCAAGCUCUUAUCGCACAAGAACAUCCUGAGGCUCGAGGACAUGGCCAUCGAGCACCCAACCAGACAGACCCGUUCAGCCGAUAAGCGCAAAAAGCCCAUCGUAUACAUGGCCACUCCCUAUAUGGAUCACGAUCUUUCCGGUCUUCUCGAUAACCCCUCGGUCCAUUUCAAGGAGCCUCAAAUCAAGUGCUACAUGCUCCAACUGCUCGAAGGCCUGCGAUAUCUCCACGACAGCCGCAUUCUGCACCGGGACAUGAAAGCUGCCAACCUGCUCAUCAACAACCAAGGUAUCCUUCAGAUUGCCGAUUUCGGUCUCGCUCGACACUACGAAGGAGAUGUUCCCAAGGCUGGUCAAGCCUACGGUCCAGGAAGGCGAGAUUAUACUGGUCUGGUGGUUACUCGAUGGUACCGACCACCUGAGCUUUUGCUACAACUACGGCAAUACACCCCCGCUAUUGACGUUUGGGGAGUAGGCUGUGUGUUAGGCGAGAUGCUCUUCGGAAAGCCCAUUCUGGCCGGCGAAAGUGACGCACAUCAGCUUGACAUGAUCUGGGACUUGAUGGGAUCCCCUAAUGAAGAUAAUAUGCCCGGGUGGAAGCAAUUGCCUGGGGCUGAUCAUCUGUCCCCACGGCCACGAACUGGCAACCUCCAGAACAGAUUUAGAGAGUACGGCUCAGGCGCAGUCUCGUUAUUGAAAGAGCUUCUUAAGCUAGACUGGCGGACACGAAUCAACGCAGUGGAUGCCUUACAACACCCAUGGUUCAAGAUGGCGCCUCUACCGUUAGAGCCCCACGAGAUCCCCGUUUAUGAAGAAAGCCACGAGCUGGAUAGAAGAAAGUUCCACGACCGCAAGGCUGCCUUGCCCCCUGCCCCCAAGGGUGGGACUAUGAAAGGCGCCCCGCUUGGCAACGAGAUCGAGGCGCCGGGCUACCGCCACGUCCACCUCCGAACGACGACGCGGACUAUCGUGAGCGAGGACCCCCUCGUGGUAGAGGAGCACCUGGGCCAAGAGCCCCAGAUGUCGACACGUACAUACCCGCCUAUAAUCGGGAUGACCCAGGUCGACGGAGGGACGACCGCCCUCCUCCACCACCCAGAGAUGAUCGUCGGCGCCGCAACAGCAGAGAAGACCGACGCUACGAUAGAGACCGUGGCACCAUCAGCCGCAGUAGGUCACCCAGGCAUGAUCGGUCAAGAGAUCGAGACAGGCAAGACCGUGACAGGCCAGACCGUGAUGCGUACCGGAGAUAGGAUCAAGCGUCAGCGAUACCGCCUCACGUGUACACAGGCCACAAACGAAAUAAAGAUCCAGUACCACCUCCAGGAGGGAUGA